CACGGCAGCUCUGCGGAAAGCUUCAACGUGUGACCUCACCAGAGUCCAAAAAAGCCAUCAAAACCACCCCCAAUUAACCACGCGAAACCCACUUCCCACGCGCCGAAUACUCAUCGCAGCUUCUAGCCCGCUCGGCGCAUCGAUCACAUCCAUUCAAUAACCCGGCUGGCCACAGCAAUGGCGUCGGUCUCCGCGCUCGCCCCCGGGUUGCGGGCAGUAACGAGGCAGACGGUUAGGAUACCAAGCUCUUUUGCGAAGAGUCUCGGGCCGCAAAGGUCCUUCUCCUCGCUGCCGACCCUGAGACCGACGACCUGCCCACGGGCCAGCCCAGUCUUCCGCUCUCCGUCCUCGUCCCUCCUCUCGGCAUCCAUCAUGCAGCCGACGAUGCCGACGACCGCCGGCGAGGCGGCUUUGGACCUGGUGCCAAAGACGUCGAUAACGGGUAACCCGGCGGCGCUGGGCCAGAUUCGCUGCGGACCGCGCCCGACCACCGCCAGGACGAGCCGGCUCAAGCGUGCGAGGAAGCACGGCUUUCUGGUCAAGACCAGAACCGCCAAGGGAAGGAAAAUGUUGGCGAGGAGGCAGGCCAAGGGGCGGAAGACUCUUACUUGUUGAAGAUCUGCCAGCGAGGUCUUUUGUGGUCGAGAGGAAAGGGGAGGAACAAACAAUGAGCCCGACGCUCAAAUGAUGCGCCACCCGUGCCCGAGCGUGCUCUGUAAAUCUGUAGUAUAUCUCUAGAGGGCUUUGGCCGUGUAUGGAUACGUAUUUUUGACAAGAAUAAAAACAAAACAUCACUCAUGUUUGCAGGGGCGGUUGGGUUCAAAGUUGGCGAUUGCAUACCGCCCAAUUUUUUAAUACCGUGGGGGGACCAGAG